UAUUAGUAGUUCCAAAUCUAAAAGCUAUCUUCUCUUUAAAAGCUCGUCUUCUUCCUUAUAUACUAAAGAGCAUAUAGCAGCAAGCACCAUUCAUCACCACCAUGUUCCGACCUCUCAAGGUCUACUUCCUGCCUUUCUUGGCUCAAGGCCACAUGAUCCCUUUCUGCCAAUUUGCUAGGCUCUUCGCUGCACGUGGCUUGCAUGUGACCAUCAUCACCACCCCUGUCAAUACCCGGUUCCUUGAAAGCUCCGUAGAAGAAGACAAGGCCCUGGGCCACCAUAUCCACAUUCACACCAUCAGAUUUCCGUCCGAGGAAGUCGGUCUCCCUGUCGGCAUCGAGAACUUCUUCAACGUCACUGAUGCUCACACUGCUGAUCAAUUUUACGAGGCUGCUGGUUUGCUCCGAAAUCAAGUUGAACCUUUCAUGGAGCGAAACCCGCCGGAUUGCAUUGUUUCGGAUUUUAUAUACCCAUGGACUGCCCCGAUAGCAACCCGUUUGGGAAUCCCCAGGAUUGUGUUCAACUCCUUUUGUCUUUUUGCAGUGUGCAUGAUAAAUGCAUACAAGAGACAAUCACAGUCCCAACCAGAAUUAUCUCAUGAUCAUGAUCAUUCGGGUGGUCCGUUUGUGGUUUCGGGUCUUCCUGAACCGAUCACCCUCACGAUUCGACCACCGAGGCUGAUUUCUGGACAACUCGAAAGCCUGAUGGAGGCUGAUCAGCAGAAUAGCUAUGGGCUUAUUGUGAACAGCUUCAAUGAGAUGGACGGUCAAGAUUACAUUAAAUAUUACCAGAAAAUCACCGAUCUCAAGGUUUGGCACAUUGGUCCUGCUUCUCUCACGUUACGAAACACUAAACCACAAAAGAAUCAUCAUGACCAAACAAGCAAGGAGCAUGAAUACAUAAGAUCAUGGCUUGACUCCAAGGAUUACAAUUCUGUAGUUUACGUAAGCUUUGGCAGUCUGUGUCGUUUCGAGGACCCUCAACUGUUGGAAAUAGCGUGUGCGAUGGAAUCUUCUGGUCAUUCCUUCAUCUGGGUGGUGCAUAGAGAAUCCAAAAAGAAGAACCCAAGAGAUGAGAAAGAUGAAAAGGAACUGUGGUUGCCAGAAGGGUUUGAAGAGAGAAUGAAGAAGUACAGCAGAGGGCUGAUCCUGAUGAAAUGGGCCCCGCAGGAGUUGAUACUGAAUCAUCCGGCCACCGGCGGGUUUCUGACGCACUGUGGGUGGACGUCAGUAACGGAGGCCGUCAGCGCUGGGGUUCCGAUGAUGACGUGGCCGGUGUUCAUUGAGCAGUUUUACAAUGAGAAGUUGAUAACGCAGGUGCACGGGUUUGGACUGGAGGUGGGUGCAGAGGAGUGGAACUCUAGCCCCUGUGAGAGAAUGAAGAAGGUAGUGAGUAGGGUGAAGAUAGAGAAUGCUGUGAGGAGGUUGAUGAACGGUGGAGAUGAAGCUGAGAAGGUCAGAAACAAAGCCAUAGAAAUGAAAGACAAAGCUCGAAAAGCUGUGGAAGAAAAUGGGUCUUCACAGAGGAAUUUGACAGCCUUGAUUGAAGAUCUGAAGCUUACUGCAAUGAAUCGGGCUGCUUCAAAACACCAGACAUAGACGCUGAGUGAUUGCUUAAGCUUCAAGACUCAAGAGCACGUGCAUAAUUAUUCUGCUUCCUUUGUUUUUGGAUUAUUUCGGCCUGAACAAUUUACCUGGAAGACACCCUUAAUUAAUAUGUAUGUUUUUUGUUUUGCUGAAUAAGUCAAGGGGUGGGUCAUAUUUCGUGCUUUUCUUCCAGCUGUUAUAUAUUGGUAUUUGCGGGGUUUCUUAGGGAUUUGCUUUUCUAAUGGUGUCAUUGUAUUUGCCCAUUUAUAUUGAACCCAUUACUUUGAUUUUCUUUCC